AAAGUCUCACAUGAGACUGAAGGAAAUAGGAGGAGUACAACAUGACUUAGCUUUGGUAUUUCUUAGUGUGUUUAUAACUGAAAAGGCCAUGAAGACGAGCUUGGCAUGUAUUCUAAUAUUCAUUCAGCUUUUUGAAGCCUACGCAGAGUUGAUCUUUAGGCAGCUGACGGAGAGCCAGUCACUGGAGCUCUCCUGUUCCCCUCGGCUGGAGCGUAGCAGCCUGACGGUCCUCCACCUGUACCACCGCAGUGCCCAGAGCCAGACCACCCUGCUGUCCAUGGCCGAGGGCGGCGAGCUGAAGGUCGACCCGGAACACAGAGGGCGGCUGCAGAUCUGUGGAGGUCUGGACUCCCUGCAGGUCAAUGUGACCAUGUCCCAUUUACAGCGUAGUGAUACGGGACUCUACAUGUGGGAGCUGAUUUACAGAGAGAACAGCUCUAAUCAGAUCAUCCUCAGUGCUCAAAAGGUGUUCUUGUUGGUUGAAGGGACAGGGAGGUCAUGCCAGUGCUCUCCCAGUUACCCUCCUCUGCUCUUGACCAUCUUCAUAGUAGCAGGGCUUCUUCUACUCACACUCAGCUGGCUGGCCAUAGAGAAAUGUGUGAAGGCGAGGCAUCAUCACAGACCACAACCUCCGGUUCCUAUAUAUGAGGAAAUGACCAGGAAGCCGCAGAGUGCCGGAAUCCACCAAAAUAACCCUGAGGCCCCAUCGCACCUGGAGGAAGUCAACUUCCCCGUGUACGCUAACAUGCGACAAUCACAGGACAACUAUUACGCCUGUCCCAGACAGCUCGCCCUCAGAGCCUGACGUGACUUCUGGCAUCGCACUAAUGGUGCAGAGAACAUUUACAAGAAGCCACCAGCUCUACUGCAGCAAUAUAAUAUGAGAGGGAGAACUGACUUCUCAUCCAGGAAAUAAAAAAGAUUGGUGGAAAAAAGCCACAGAGACAAACACCAAAUGGCACAUCUGUAACAGCCAAGAAAAAAAAUGCUAUUUUAUUAAUAUUGAAAGAAGCUCCAUAGUUCAUGAAAACAUUUGUUUCGGUGCAUGUCAUGUAACGAUCACAUUCUAUGAGGAUAAAGAUAUACAGAGA